GUAAUUAAUUCGCAUAAUCACAACACCUCCCCGUCACGGUGAUACAAGAUACACAAAGAUACGCACACCUUCCACAAAAAUACGCCCGAUGUCUUUCUGGCUACAACCGAAGCGAUACAGACGUCGGAUAGCUUGUGGAUUGCUGUUUGUGGCGAGUGUUAUCUACGUCGUGUACAGCAAGUUCCCAGAUACACCGGUGCACAACUGCUUCCAGAUCGUCCAUGGUGUCGAUCUCGAGGACGAAAAGCUGCUGGACGAUGUGCAGCAGUCCGUACCGCAACCAACCAACGACGGGCGGAAUGUUUUCUUUCAUGAAACCUCCUGCUCCAAGGACGGUAUCGUUAGACUGAAUGCUCGCCAAGCAUGUGCAGUCGAAUCGGCAGCUCGUGCCAAUCCUGACUGGAACAUUUACGUACUGUUUGCAGCACCGGUGGGAUUCCGAAACCAGACGGCACAACCGAUACUGGAUGCACUACUCGACUACCGGAACGUACAUCUGCGCUUUGUUAACUUAACGACGUACGCAAAUGAAACGCCGCUAGAAGAGUGGAUGGAGAAUGGGGAAAUAUUUCGUUCGCUGUACAUGAACUCACAUCUGUCCGACGUAAUGCGUUAUCUGACCCUGUACAAGUACGGUGGAACGUACCUUGAUUUGGACGUGAUCGUGCAGCAAUCGUUCGAGAAACUCGAACCAAAUUACGCUGGUGCUGAAUCGGUCCGGUGGGUUGCUGCCGGUGUGAUGAACUUCCACCCAAAAGGGCACGGUCAUGAGCUGGCGGACAUGUGCGUUAGAGAUCUGCUAGCCAACUUCAACGGUAAGGAUUGGGGAAACAAUGGCCCCGGGGUAGUGACACGCGUUCUGCAGAAGUACUGCCACACCCGCUCGACGGUCCACAUGACGCGGGAACGGUGUCGCCAUUUUACGGUGUAUCCAAUCAACGCAUUCUACGCGAUCGGGUAUGAAGAUUACAAGCAAUUUUUCGAAGCACAAUACCUCGAACAGGCGCUUGUAACGCUCAACCAAUCGAUCGUGGUGCACGUGUGGAACAAGUUUAGUAAGACGCAUCCGGUGCAAGUUGGUUCACGGGUGGCCUAUGGUGUGCUUGCAGAGAAACAUUGUCCAAAGGUGUACAGAUCUUGUGGAGACGUUUUCUAACAUUGCCAACAUUUAUGUGCUUAUUCAUUUCCCUCAGUUUUUGUUCAAUGUUUUAACCUCGAAAGCAUAGUUGUUGCAAUACGGGAACUAAAUGUUGCACGUUAUUCUUGCGAAAAUGCAUCCAAUUGCCAGGGAAUUGUUACUACCGGUGCCUAAUAGUCUAAUACUGCUCGAACAAACAAUAACGGCUCUUGAGUAAGUUAAUUAGUUGCAUAUGCUGAUGUAGUGUUACAUUAAUUUGAAUCAUAUCAAGUAACUAAACUGUUCAAUUACACCGUUUUAGCUUGCGUCGAGGUUUAAUUGAAACAGCAAAAAAACACUCAGUUAAUCGUGAUAUUCAGGUGCAGCUUCAUCGACUGAAACAAACAAACAACACUUUCAAAUAGGUUAUUAUCACUUUACUUAUUUAUUCUUAUUUCAUUUUGCACAGAUGAUUGCAUUCUUUCUAGUAUUAGUAACAAUACAUGUUACAAACUAUUCGAAUCCGUCGUAGCACAGGUUUAAGACUUUUUGUUGUUGUAACAACAGACAUUUUUUUUAGAAUGCUUUCCACAUUCCACAAUAUGUUUUCCCUUUCGAUGUAGGCAACUGUUGUGAAUGUGCGUGAUCGUGUGAUAUCGUGAUCGUCUUGCAGCUAUCUGGAACUAACUUUUAUUCCUUUUUUAAUAUCGAUCAACCUACACAGCCGCCAGAUCGCUAAAGCGAUAAAAAUAAUGGCCGAAACCAAACAACUGAAAAUCUCAUCUAGCCACAGGCUAGAAGCUAACACUUAAAUUUUGGUUCAAGCGGCCAAUUGAAUAUCUAGGGAAUCCAAUGUAUUAGGGUUUUUUUUUUU